AAUGUCAUGUAUAAACUGCAAAAAGAAAAACAUAUCCAAAUUGAUUCCAUAGAUAAAAACCCUCAAGUUGAAUCAGAAAAAAAAAACAAUCGAUCGAUUUUAGCAGCUUUGUUGUUUUCUUCCUAUAUUAAAUCGCAUUAGAAGUGUAUAUAGAAUUGAUUUUUAUUCAUUUUUUCGGUAUGUUUUAGUGAAUUCAGAAUCGUUGUUUUAUCAGUGCAAAUAUUGGUUCUGGAUUGUUACUGAAAUGUUGAAGCCUGAUCUACAGCACCAGUUUUGGGUGACAAAGAAAGCCGUUCAACGCAAAUUGGGAACGAAAGAAGAUGAAUGUAUUGUAUCGUCGGACGCUGAACUAGACUCGAAAAUUGAUUUACUCAAGUCAAUUGGCGACAGUUGUUCACAUCUCAAGCGUAUCCUCGACAAUUAUCAAGAGAAAAUUUGCAUUCUAGCACAAGAAGAGAAUGCAUUGGGCGUUUUCCUCAAAGAAUCAAGUAAACAUAGCACAACUACAAGCAAAGCCAUGAGCUGUGCCGGAAAAUCGAUUUCGUUUUGUGGACAACAACACAUGAAAAUCCGAACACCAUUGGUGCGAUUGCAUCAUGAGGUCGAAACAUUCAAUGGCCAAGCGAUAAAAGAUACUUACAACACGGUACAGGCAAUGGAACGGGAACGCACCGAGUAUCGAGCCGCAUUGGGUUGGAUGAAAGCGGCCAGCGCACAAUUGGAUCCAGAUAAAGGCAGAGGUCUUGAUAAAUUCCGUAAUGCUCAAAUGUAUGUGAGAACGGCCAAAACUAAAUUUGACACAAUGACAUUGGAUUGCUUGCAGAAGAUUGAUCUAUUAGCCGCAGCUCGUUGCAAUAUGUUUUCACACGUUUUGGCCGCAUAUCAAACAGCUUUAAUCGACUUCGCAACAAAAACGUCGUACACAUUUCAAGCGGCCUUAAAAAUUCUCGAAGAAAAACCACAGUAUAAUUUCACCAUUUUAAAAGAUUUAACACAAGUUCCAGUAGUAUGCGAUACCAAUCAAACUGAAUCAAAAGAAAUUACCCCAAUCGAUUUCGAUCAAAUGCUAUUCUUCAAAGAAGAUUUCGAGGACGAAGUCAAAUCAUCAGAAAAAGAUAGUUCAGCCGAAAAGCCUGUAAAGAAAACGGCCGAAGAGCCGACAACAUCAAAAAGUGAAGCCAGUAUAAGCGCAACAAGUGAAAUGAAACCCACUGUAGAUGAUUCGACCAUUUUCGAUUUGCUCGAUUUAUCAACGACCGAACCAACUGAAACCGAUUGUUUGCUAGACAUUUUCAAUAGUGCGGCAAAUAGUUGCAAACCAACUCCAGCCACCGCACAAUCAUCAUCGAAUAUUUUAAUGUUUGACUUUCUAAAAAAAAUACCAGGUUCAACGUCGGCGACAUCGGCGACGAUGGAAGCAAAUAGUAGUAAAAAGGGUGCGAUCAGUAAACCAAAGAUGAACGAUAAGAAAACAUCGGCAUGGAUGGAUUUGUUUGCUGAUCUUGAUCCGUUGGCCAAUCCUACGAAUAUGGAAAAAAAGAUCGCCGGAUUGAAUCAGAAUUGCUUAGACGCGUAGACAAGAAAGCAAACAAACAAACAUAUAGAAGCGAUGAAAAACGUAAACAUCGACAACCGAUCUCCGUUCAUAUUGAGUUUAUCUCGGAGUUUGUGUCUGUUUGAAAGCAUACAACCAACACGGAAUUAACAUAUUCAGUUUGUAAUUUUUUUUCUUCUCUUCUAUAUUUUUUUUUUCUCUCAAACAAAAUAGAUACGUUUUCAUGACGCUAAUUCAGUGUGUCUUGAAUAUUGAAUAAUUUGCUGUGUGUGUGUAUCAACUUCUGGAAUCUAAUGUAACAGAUCUCAUAUUGUUUUUUUUUUUUUAAUUUUUUUAAAUUAGAUUUUAAUCCAGACAUGUGUUGUAACUAAAUAUGUUCAUUCUUGAAUUUGUCAUCAUUCUCUUGAUUUUUUUAAAAAUAAAAACUAUGAAGAUCAAGCAAA